UCAGUUGCGCUCUCCUCUCUCGCGCUCAGAAAGAGGGAGCACGGUCGUUCUUCCUACGCCGGGGUCACUGUACUCAUGGCGCUAGCCGUGCUGCGAGCUCUAGAGCCCUUCCCGGCCGAGGCUCCUCCGCUGGCAGUGCUGCUGCCGCCCGGGGGUCCGUGGCCGGCGGCUGGGCCGGCAGGCCUGGUGCUAGCUCUGAGGCCCGCGGGGGCGGGGCCGACGGGGCCGGCGCUCUUGGUGGCUGCGCUGGAAGGCCCAGACGAGGGGCCGGGACCAGAGCCAGGGCCGGAGCUGGAGCCGGAGCCCGGACCCCCAGAGCUCCUGGUGAGCCGCACGCUGCUGAGACUCCUGGCGCUGGGUUCUGGCGCGCGAGUGCGGGCCCGGCCGGUGCGCCGUCCCCCGGCGUUGGGCUGGGCCUUGCUGGGCGCCGCGCCAGGCUCGGGCUCCGGGACAGGCCCGCGAGCCGGGCCGGUGCUCGUGCGGCGGGGAGAGGCAUUGCCUGCGCUCGGUCCCCGGGUGCUGGAGACGCGGCCGGCGCUGCAAGGACUGCUGGGCCCCGGUACGCGGCUGGCAGUGACCGAGCUCCGGGGACGGGGCUCUAAAGCGGGCCAGCUGCCCGGGGACAGCCAUCCCCCGCUGCCCGCCCCGCCCGUGGUGUCCUCGUUCGCGGCCCCGAGCGUGCCCCGGCGGCUGCGGGGCAUCCUGGGCGGGACCGGGGAGGCGCUUGGGGUCAGCAGGAGCUGCCUGAGGGGUCUUGGGCUCUUCCAGGGCGAGUGGGUAUGGGUGACUCCGGUCAGAGAAGGGGAACAGACCCCCCGGCCUCACCUGGCCAAGAUGCAAGUCCAGGACCCUCGCUGGAAUCUCUCCGAGAAGCUGGGACCCGGUUCUCCGGAGCUGGGAGAGCCCCUUGCCGACGGAGUGGCUCUAGUGCCUGCCAAUCUGGCUUUCAAUCUCUCCUGUGAACCCCUGAAUAUCGGGGAGCUCAGCAUUCAGAGAUACUCUGAAGGAUUCAGGAGUCCUGAGAACAGAGGAAGCAGCUCAGUACUGUCUGGGCCUCCAUUUGCCAGAGAGCUGCAAAUUGAAAUUGUGUCCUCCCCCCACUACAGCGCCAGUGGCAACUAUGACCAGGCUCUUUAUCAGCACUUUGAGACCCCCAGGGUAGUCCAGGAAGGGGAUAUUCUGUGUGUGCCAACAGUUGGGCAAGCAGAAGUCUUGGAAAGAAGCCCAGAGAAACUAUUCAGGUGGCCUUUUCUGUUCUUCAAAGUAAAGACAACUAUUGGAGAGGCCCCAGAAAAACCAACCACUGCAUAUCUGGCUGAUACAACCCACACUUCCUUGUACCUGGUAGGUUCUACUAUGAGCUUUGUACCGUGGCUCCCUUCUGAGGGACAAAGUCUCUGGAGCAGCCUGUCCCCUCCAGGAUUGGAGGCUUUAGUGACACAACUCUGUGAUGUCCUUCGGCCACGACUUCAUCCUGGGGGCUCUUUGUUGACAGGGACUGGCAGUGUCUUCCUUCGAGGGCCUCCAGGCAGUGGAAAGACCACAGCCAUCACUGCUGCCUGUGGCCGUCUUGGGCUCCACUUAUUCAAGGCUGACUGUGCAAGACUAUGUGCAGACACCAGUGCAGCUGUGGAGAAUAAGCUUCGGGCUACUUUCUCCCGGGCUCGGCUUUGCCGCCCUUCUGUCCUGCUGUUGAAAGGUGUGGAACUCCUGGGCUGGGAACGGGAUGGACUGGGUGAGGAUGCCCAUGUGGUAGCUGUGCUUCGACAUCUUCUUCUAAAUAAGGAUCCCCUCAUCAGUAACCUACCUCUGCUGGUUGUGGCUACAACAAACUGCCCCCAGAAUGUGCCCCCCGAUGUACAGAUAGCAUUUCCUCAUGAGCUAGAGGUCCCCAUGCUGUCAGAGGAGCAUCGGCUCAACAUCCUGCAGGCACUCACCUCCCGUCUCCCUUUGGGCCAGGAAGUGAACCUUGCUCAGCUGGCGAGGAGGAGUGCGGGCUUCGUGUUGGGCGAUCUCUGUGCCCUGUUGGCCUAUAGCAGCCGAGCAGCCUGCGCUAGGAUCCUGACAGGUGUAAUGACUUCUGGCAGUUUGAGUGACGAAGAUGAGGGGGAGCUGUGUACCGCUGGCUUUCCCAUCCUGGCAGAGGACUUUGCUUUGGCUCUUGAACAGCUGCAGAUGGCUCACUCUCAGGCCAUUGGAGCCCCUAAGAUCCCAGCAGUGUCCUGGCAGGAUGUGGGAGGAUUGCAGGAUGUGAAGAGGGAGAUCCUGGAAACUAUUCAGCUCCCUCUUGAACACCCUGAGCUGUUGGACCUAGGGCUUCGACGCUCAGGCCUUUUGCUAUAUGGACCUCCAGGGACUGGAAAGACCCUUCUGGCAAAGGCUGUAGCCACAGAAUGUAGCCUUACCUUCCUCAGUGUGAAAGGUCCUGAGCUCAUCAAUAUGUAUGUGGGCCAGAGUGAGGAGAACAUUAGAGAAGUGUUUUCCAGGGCUAGAGCUGCUGCCCCAUGCAUCAUUUUUUUUGAUGAGUUGGAUUCUUUGGCUCCAAGUCGGGGCCGAAGUGGGGACUCUGGUGGUGUAAUGGACAGGGUGGUCUCCCAGCUCCUGGCUGAGCUUGAUGGGCUUCACAGCAGCCAAGAAGUAUUUGUAAUUGGAGCUACCAACAGGCCUGAUCUCUUGGAUUCUGCACUGCUGCGUCCGGGCAGGUUUGAUAAACUGGUGUUUGUGGGGCCAAGUGAGGAUCGGGCUUCCCAGCUUCGCAUUCUAAGUGCCAUCACACGAAGGUUCAAGCUUGAGCCUUCUGUGAACCUGUCGAGUGUCCUGGAUCGAUGCCCAACCCAGCUGACUGGUGCUGAUUUGUACUCCCUCUGUACUGAUGCAAUGACAGCAGCACUCAAACGAAAGGUCCAGGAUAUAGAAGAUGGAGUAGAGCCAGCUAAUUCCAUGCUGCUUCUUACUAUGGAAGACUUGGUCCAGGCAGCUGCCCGGCUACAGCCGUCUGUCUCUGAGCAGGAGCUGCUCCGUUACAAGCGCAUUCAGCGCAAGUUUACAGCCUCUUAGGAUCACUGUGCUCUGCCCCUGGCCCUGUCCUCGCCACCAGCCCUGAAACAACACCAAGGACCCAAGUGGAGUAUGCAGUUCUGCCACCUAAUCCAGUUCUGUUUUGUUAUGGAGGGAGGAUACUGCCACCAGAGGGUAUGAAAAUCAGAUACCAAACCCAGAGGUCUAAGGAGUCAGGGUUGCAGGAGCCUGGGUAAGUGGGAAGUGGUAACCCCAGAAAGAAAAUCCUGUUAUUUGAGGUUCAUUCUCUACAGUGUUUGCCCAGUAUAGGAGUUUCAACUCAGAUCCUGUCCCCCUCCCCCAUACAUUACUGGUCUUUUUUUGGUUUUUUUAACCAUGACUUUCUGUCCUAGUAACAACUUGA